AUGACCGACUUCAAUUUCCCACCGUCUCUGAUGCAAUCACGUCACGCUGUGCUAUGGCCCCAUGACCCUCCAGCCGAGGCCAUGGUCUUCAGUACUGACGAUGCUGGGGGCUUCUACUCCAAUCAAGACACGACGAAUAGAACCACGUGGCCUGACACCGGCCCGAGCCGCACCCAAAGUGGAUCUGAAAGCAGCAAUGAUACGUCACAAAGCAACACUCGUAUAACCACCCCCAACCUCUUUGUCAAUGGCCGUCUUGGACAAGACAAUGACCUCGACGACGACGAGCCCUUUCAGACGAACCUCCAUAUCGCGGCUGAGGCUGGUCAUGACAGCCUUGUAGGCCUCCUGCUGGGCUCAGGGUACACCGUCGAUGAACCCGACAGGGUAAAGUAG